AUGGAUAUCUCCAAGAACCGCACGCGUAUAAUACCCGUACAUGAAGCAGACCUGCCCUCAGAAAGAGGUAGCGCCGCCGCCGAAGAACAUCUCAACAAAGGAACGAAACGCAGACAUGCAACCGUCUACGACGCUGUAGCAGGUAAAGUUUCAUACAAUCAAGGCCCCGGCUCAGAGGCAGAGGAAGCUCAGUAUGCACCUCGCCAUCCAAAAUCUAUCAGAUACUCCACAAAGGACGUCCCUUUAGCCCCUGAUGAGGUCCUCUUCAGACGGAAAGACGCACCCGAGCGCUAUCUUGAGCACGACAUCUACUACUCUCAUGAGCGCGAUCUUCCCCGCGGUGGCCAGGGUGUUCUGCCGGAGAGUGAUCUUCUGAAAGCCAUUCAUGCAUAUGCCAGCUCAUACUACAGCGCGAGAAACCGCGAGCGUCAGGCCACAGAUGACAGGAACGUCACUGACCGAAGUAUGGAUGAAACGGCCCUUUUGGCGUUUGGCAUCCUGCUUGAGGAGGCUGGGAAAGAGGUCCUUGGGCGACGAGGUGACCUUGUCUUUACCGAGGGCGCAGACGACGCUCCUGGAGAUGGACCCGAGCCAACCCGUGACGCCACCCAAUUCGUUGGACACCACGACAUAUCUCUGCGAGGACGACCGAAACGGAGAAAGGUUGCCGAUAGUGAUAUGGAGUGA